GACUGAGUUUGGUGAUCAUAAAACAAAAUGUAUACUGUAUUUAAGUUUGUGGUACUUAUUUAUAUUCAGAUUAAAUUAUCAAAUACUCAAAACAUCAAUGGAUCUGGAGUUUGUGGCGUGAAACCAUUGAAAUGUUGUGCAGGCUACAGGAGGAAAGGAGAAGAAUGUGAAGAUUGCUUCCCUGGAACUUUUGAUACAAAUUGUAAAAGUACUUGUCCCAGUGGAUUUUAUGGAAUUCGUUGCAGCGAGAAGUGCAAGUGCUCAUCAUGUGACAAAAUUACUGGAACUUGUCAGACAAAUUACACAGACGAAGAUGAUGAUUGGACAAACGUCAUUUUACUUUCUUGUGGAACAACUGGGGUCUGCUUUGCAGUCGGCGUUUUAAUCUACUAUCAUAUGAGGAGAUCCAGACCUAUUAAAGAAUCAGACUGUUUUGGAGAAAAAGAAACACAAUCAGAAGUACGAGGAUCGAAUGAAACAUCGGUUCAACAUUCGUUUUCGGCAUGUGAAAGCAAUCAUAUAGACGCAAAAAAGUCCAAGAACUCAAAACUGAAUUAUCUUUCAGAAUGCCAUGAGAGUGAUGAAUCAUCAUCUUCAUCUGUAAAAGAGGUACAAUUGUCCUUUGAAUCAUUCAUUGUAAAACAAGGAGCGGAUAAUAUAUCAAUAAAUUCGGUAUACAAUCAUCUUAAUACUAGAGAUACUUUGCCCUAUAAUGAAUAUUAAUAAUAUAAACAUGAAAUAGUAAUUCGAAAUCAGAUAUCGAGCUUAAUGAAGAAAUUCAUACAGAGGCUCUGAAGA